AACAGUCGUGAGAAACCAUCCAGUUGCGAUCAUUUUUCUAGUCUUCUCCACAAAAUUGCUGUUUGAAGUUAGGAAAUGCCGUACAAGAGAACACAUGGAAACGAUCACCGGUGGGGAACCGUUCAGUCGCAAUACUUAUCCAGCUUCAUUCACUCAGGAAGGCAAUUUAAACGCUGGCGUACGAAUGCAUACUAGUGAGAAAUCAUUCAUUUGCAGCCAUUGCUACGUUUUUCAGCGCCCAAAAAAUCACUUGAUCGUCAUGUGCGCAAGCAUAAAUCCCAAUUGCUCGCAGUCAUUGCUCCCUUUCCUGAGCCCAAAAAGCUGUUCAUUAUCACACAUUAUGCGAGCAGCAUUAUUAUAAUUUCAUCGCAAAGGAAAACAGGGUGUGCCUCAUGCCUUAAUCGAGUGCUUCAAAUACCAUCAACUCUGUGCAACGUCGGAUUACUAGUCACCUUCAUGUAACUGCAGUUGAUGCCCUGUCCCAUUGAUGAAGGCAGUUUAAUGUAACUUAUUAGGCAGCACAUGCACUGCUCUACCCUCAAAAUCCAAGAAAGCGAAUUUAAGAUUCACAUGUUAAGACACACGGAUGUGAAAACAGCUGUUUACAGUCAAUGUCUUUCCCUCGUUUGUGCGGAAAGACGUGUUGAAGAACACGAACAAUUGAAAACAGAUAGGAAACCAUUAAGUAGCAGCCUUUGCUAGCGCUCUCCCUCUCUCCUAAAGGGCAGAUUUAUGAAUACCCAUGUAAAUGCCCGGCAUCAAGAAACCAUUCUGUCGCAACCAUGUCUCUGCCGCGUUUGCCCUAAAAAUCGAUUUUUAGGGACGAAUGUUAUGCCACAUCCUGGAGGAGCAAUCAUCUGCACCGAUUGCCCCACCCCACCAGUCCGAAGAAGCGCAUUGAAGAUUCGCCUACUGAGGUCAUAGGACAACGAAGGGAUGCAAGUGAUAGGAUACAUGCGACCAGAAAUCCUCUCGACAAAAAGCAGACUGCCGUAAGAGCUCACCAUCCAAAAUGAAUCCGUUGGCGGAUACUACCCUCCAAAUUUCUCAAACCGAUCACUCGCCGAUCGAACGUAAUCCACCAAUCGAAUCAUCAGCUUCUGGAAGAGGAUCCCCUACUGUUGACUCUCGUUUUGUGAAAUGUGAAGACGGACUCAAUUUUUGUGAUGAAAUUACCCCACCAAGGCAAGUUGAGACGAUUCCUUCCAGUUCUUUAGCAAACCCUUUCUUUGUAAAAUGUGAAGACGAGCUCAAUUUUUGUGACGAAAAUACCCCAAUGAGCCAAGUUGAGACGAUCCCAUCCAGAUCUUCCGCAUUCUCUCUCUUUGUGAAAUGUGAAGACGAGCCCAAUUUUUCUAACGGAAAUACCCCACCAAGGCAACUAGAGACGACUCCAUCCGGAUCUUCAGCAACCCUUUUGACCACAUUUAAAACCGAACCAGGCGAAGAGAAUUAUAUUCCGGUCGAACACUUGUAUACCAGUAUUGACAUCAAAAGUGAAUCGCCGUUGCAAUCAUUCGAAGGUCAAUAUGUCAUAAACGGCGAGAAUGAAGCACGAACAAUUGGUAAACAAAUUUGCAAUCCGUUAAAUCAUGAUCUUUUAAUCACGAAUAACAGCGAAGAAUUUCUAGCUCCUCUGAACUGCAGUGAGCUAAGUUCAAAUUUUAUAGAAACAUUCCCCAGUGAUAAAAAAACUGCAUCCCCCACAAAAACUCAAGUUGAAUCUUCACAUCAAGAUAUGGAUAUUCAAAGGAAAGGUCCUAAAACAUUCAGUUGUAAUCAUUGCUCUGACAUUUUCUCCCAAAAACUCCAACUGCGAGAACAUCUCCGAACACACACUGGUGAGAAACCAUUUAGUUGCAGUGAGUGUUCGGCUUCUUUUUCCAGAAAACAAAAUUUGAAGAGGCAUAUACGAACGCACACUGGUGAGAAACCAUUUAGGUGCAGUCAGUGUUCGGCUUCUUUCUCCCAAAAACCGCAUUUAAGGAGCCACAUGAAAACGCACAUCGGUGAGAAACCAUUCUGUUGCAGUCACUGUUCGGCUUCUUUCUCCCGAAAAGAGUAUUUAAAGGUCCAUAUUCGAACGCACACUGGUGAAAGACCAUACAGUUGCAGUCACUGUUUGGCUUCUUUCCUCGAAAAACAAAGUUUAAAGUCCCAUUUGCGAACGCACACUGGUGAGAAACCAUUUAGUUGCAGUGAGUGUUCGGCUUCUUUUUCCCGAAAACAAAAUUUGAAGAGGCAUACACGAACGCACACUGGUGAGAAACCAUUCAGCUGCAAUGAGUGUGCGGCUUCUUUUCCCGAAAAACAAAGUUUACAGUACCAUAUGCGAACGCACUCUGGUGAGAAACCAUUCAGCUGCAUUCAGUGUUCGGCUUCUUUUUCCGAUAAUCGCACUUUAAACCGUCAUAUGCGAACGCACACUGGUGAGAGACCUUACAGUUGCAGUCACUGUUCGGCUUCUUUCUCUUAUAAGUCCUCUUUAAGUAAUCACGUGCGUUUGCACACUGGUGAGAAACCAUUCUGUUGCAGUCAGUGUUCGGCUUCUUUCUCCCUAAAAUCGUAUUUAAGGAACCACAUGCGAACGCACACUGGUGAGAAACCAUUUAGUUGUAGUCACUGUUCGGCUUCUUUUUCCCGAAAAAACAACUUAAGGAGCCAUAUGCGAACGCACACUGGUGAGAAACUAUUCAGUUGCAGUGAGUGUUCGGCUUCUUUUUCCGAAAAUUGCAGUUUAAAUCGUCAUAUGCGAACGCACACUGGUGAGAGACCAUACAGUUGCAGUCACUGUUCGGCUUCUUUCCCUUAUAGGACCUCUUUAAAUAAUCACGUGCGUUUGCACACUGGUGAGAAACCAUUCUGCUGCAGUCACUGUUCGGCUUCUUUCUCCCAAAAACCGCAUUUAAGGAGCCACAUGCAAACGCACACUGGUGAGAAACCAUUCUGUUGCAGUCACUGCUCGGCUUCUUUCUCCCGAAAAGACCAAUUAAGGAGCCAUAUGCGAACGCACACCGGUGAGAAACCAUUCAGUUGCAGUCAGUGUUCGGCUUCUUUCUCCCAAAAACGGUAUUUAAGGAGCCACAUGCGAACGCACACUGAUGAGAAAACAUUCAGUUGCAGUCAGUGUUCGGCUUCCUUUUCCGUAAAACGCAGUUUAAUGUGUCAUAUGCGAACGCACACUAGUGAGAAAUCAUACAGUUGCAGUCACUGUUCGGCUUCUUUCUUCCAUAAGUCCUCUUUACAUGAUCACGUGCGUUUGCACACUGGUGAGAAACCAUUCAGUUGCAUUCAGUGUUCGGCUUCUUUUUUCCGAAAAGACCAUUUAUUGUGCCACGUACGAACGCACGCUUGUGAGAAACUAUUCAGUUGCAUUGAGUGUUCGGCUUCUUUCUUCUCGAAGCACAUACUAAGAAGGCACAUGAGGACGCACACUGGUGAGAAACCAUUCAGUUGCAGUCUGUGUUCUGCUUCUUUUGCCGGUAAAGGCAAUUUCAAGAUUCACAUGCGAACGCACACUGGUGAAAAACCAUACAAUUGUAGUCAGUGUUUGGCUUCUUUUAGCGUUAAAUCCUCUUUAGCAAGGCACGUGCGAACGCAUACGGGUGAGAAACCAUUUAUCUGCAGUGAGUGUUCGGCUUCCUUCUCCCAAAGAUUCAAUUUAGAGGCCCACAUGCGAUCGCACACUGGUGAGAAACCAUUCAGUUGCAGUCACUGUUCGGCUACCUUCUACCAGAAAUCCGACGUAAGGAAGCAUAUGCGAAUUCACACUGGUGAGAAACCAUUCAGUUGUAGUCACUGUUCGGCUUCUUUUCCCCGAAAAGAUUCUUUGAUGAGACAUUUGUUAAAGCAUACUGAUGAGGAAGCAUUCAGUAGCAAUCAGUGCUCGACUUCUCUCUUCCAAAACGGCGAUUAAUGCCUUAUUUGUACACUGCUGAGAUUCAUCCAGUUGCAGCUAUUGUUCACUUCCUUUUUCCCGGAAAGUUCACCUAACAUUACCUUCGCGCAUUCUUCGUUUAUCCAUAAAUGUAGACUUUUUCAUGUGCUAAAACAUAUCGGUCUUAAACCAUUCAGUUGUAAUCAUUGCCCUGUUUCUAUUUCCCAAAAAAAUUCACCUAGGAGAUCAUGUCAGAACGCACACCGGUGAGACACCGUUCAGAUGUAGUCAUUUCUCUUCCUUCUUUAGUUUUAAGUGCUUGUUAACAAGGCAUAUGGUAACGCAGAGUGGUGACUAACCUUUUAGUUAGUGUCAAUGCUCUUUCUCUUACUCAGAUGAACCAAUGAGUGGAACGUAUGCAAAAGCGUGUGAGGUGACAUAUGACCUAGUUACCGUUACUGCUGUACGACGCCCUAAGCCAUUCAGCACAUCUUGAAUUUUUCUGUGCCAGAACAGCUAGUGAAUAUACAGGGUGUUUAUAAAGUACCCUCCCCACCCUCUAACUUAUGACCUAAUUGUGGUAGAAAUUUUUAAAGUUAGAGGAUGCUCUUAGGUCAAAGGGAGCUAUUUUUUAGCCCCCCUCAAAAAUAAUCAGGGGGGCCCUAGGGCCCUUUGCCCUUGAGGGGACAACGGAUCCUAACCUUUUAUUUUCAACUAGAAAGACCGACCUUGUGAUACCUCAUUCUAAAAAGCAAAAGGAAAGAAAUAUUUUUGCGCAAACCCGAAGUCAAUAUCGGGAACCGUCAAUAAAUGACAGCCGGUUACAGUUCAAGAUGACCGAAAAUUGACACCUUAGGUUUUUUGUUGAUGGAUUUGCUGAAACUAGGCUAUGGGGGGUAUUCCAUCACGAAAAAAACCAAUGUGACGUUAGAUUUUUAAAAAAACCAAAACUGUCAAAAUGGCGGCUGAUUGAAGUUCAAAAUAACCGAAUUUAUUUUUCUUCUUCUUCUUGAAAUCUAAUUUCAAAUUGCAUUAUCUCCUGUAUAAAUACCUCUAGGUUCCAAGUUUCAGACAAAUCCAUCGACAAACAAGCGGUGGCAAUUUUCGGCCUUUUUGAACUUAAACCAGCCGCCAUUUCGACAAUUUUGGUUCUUAAGAAAUUCUAACGUCAAAUUCGUUUUUCUCGUCUUAAAAUACCCUAUUUUACCGAGACGCUAAAAUAAUGUAAAUGAAAUAUGACAAUAUAUACUGUAAUAAAGAGUGCACAUGGAGAUUGUAAAGUGUAAAUUUUUGUUAUUAAAGGGCGUACUAUGUUCUCAAAUUUA